GCUCCCCUGAGGGCCGGUUGGCGGCCGCCUGGGACGCGCUCAUCGUGAGACCGGCCCGGCGCUGGCGCCGCGUGGCGGUGGGAGUCAAUGCGUGUGUGGAUGUAGUGCUGUCAGGGGUGAAGCUGCUGCAGGCGCUCGGCCUGAACCCUGGGAGUGGCGAGGACCACUCGGUACUGCAUUCAAGGAAUGACCUGGAGGAAGCCUUCCUUCACUUCAUGGGGAAGGGAGCAGCCGCUGAGCGCUUCUUCAGCGAUAAGGAAGCUUUCCAAGACAUCGCCCAGGUUGCGUCGGAGUUCCCGGGAGCCCAGCACUAUGUAGGAGGAAACGCAGCUUUAAUUGGACAGAAGUUUGCAGCCAACUCGGAUUUAAAGGUGCUUCUUUGUGGUCCAGUUGGUCCAAAGCUGCAUGAACUUCUUGAUGACAAUGUGUUUGUUCCACCAGAGUCACUGCAGGAAGUGGAUGAGUUUCACCUCAUUUUAGAGUAUCAAGCAGGGGAGGAGUGGGGCCAGUUAAAAGCUCCCCACGCCAACCGGUUCAUCUUCUCCCACGACCUCUCCAACGGGGCCAUGAAUAUGCUGGAGGUGUUUGUGUCCAGCCUGGAGGAGUUCCAGCCAGACCUGGUGGUCAUCUCUGGAUUGCACAUGAUGGAGGGACAAAGCAAGGAGUUCCAGAAGAAGAGGCUCCUGGAGGUUGUAACCUCCAUUUCUGACAUCCCCACCGGAGUUCCAGUCCACCUGGAGCUGGCCAGCAUGACCAACAGGGAGCUCAUGAGCAGCAUCGUGCAUCAGCAGGUCUUUCCCGCCGUGGCUUCCCUGGGGCUGAAUGAACAGGAGCUGUUAUUUCUCAGCCAGUCGGCAUCUGGCCCUCACUCCUCUCUGUCCUCCUGGAACGGCGUUCCUGAUGUGGGCGUGGUCAGCGACAUCCUCUUCUGGAUCUUGAAGGAGCACGGGAGGAGCGAAAGCAGAGCCUCCGACCUCACCAGGAUCCACUUCCACACACUGGCCUACCACAUCCUGGCCACCGUGGACGGACACUGGGCCAACCAGCUGGCGGCCGUGGCGGCAGGAGCUCGCGUGGCCGGGACCCAGGCCUGCGCGACAGAGACCAUAGACGCCCGCCGGGUGUCCCUGAGGGCGCCCCGCGAGUUCACCACCUCGCGUUCGGAGGCCGGCUCCAGGGUCGUGCUGAACCCGAGCGAGCCGGUGGUGGAGUGGCACCGGGACGGCGUGUCCUUCCACUUCACACCCGUGCUGGUGUGUCAGGAUCCUGUGCGAACCGUGGGCCUCGGAGACGCCAUCUCGGCCGAAGGGCUCUUCUACUCGGAAGCUCACCCUCAGCACUAGGGCCUCGGCGCGGGCCGUUUUUCUGAAGAACUCGCCUACCUCCGAAUGAUGGGAGCUCGGCGGUUUGGAGGAUAGGACUGAGGGCGUCAGACCGUUUCUAGAUCUGACUGAAAGACAGCCAAAGAAGCAGCAGACGAAACCCUGCCAGACACAUUCCGGCCUGCCCGCGCUACACGAGCACUGCAGGCUUUAAUCAGAGUUCAGCUAUCUCCCAGCAAGACUGUAUUUUUGUGUUUGUUUUUAUGUUAUGUGUUACAGGCGUUAAAAUCUUGAUUCCCAAGUCCCGUCUUCAGGUAUUUUAGGCCAGGCUUGCUGGCCCUCGAAAGCACGUCGGCUGGAGAGAGCACGGCCCCGGCCCCGGCCGCCGUGCACGCCGCCCCCAGCCCAUGCCCUGCGGAGCCCAGGUGCGUGCACGCGCCCCCCAGCUCUGCACCAUAACAGGAUCAUGAUUUCCGUUCAGUGUUACCGUGAACAUAGUUAAUGAGCACACCUCUCAGCCUUCUGCCCUCAGACUCAGGACAGAAUGGUCCCUCCUGUGCUUCAGAGCCGCAGGGGAGGCGGUGAGCCGGUCACUCUGCAGUGUAAAAGCCUGGCUGGCCUGCGGGGCGGCGCUGGGGCGGAGGGCUGCGCCUUCCCGCCCUGGCUCCUUAACCGCAGUCUGGCUGGUCGGGGGCUGCUGUGCCUGGGCCCAGCCUCACCGCCCAGCCCUGGACCUGCUUUCUGCAGUAAAGACUGGUCCAUGGCCAUUCUGAUCCUUGAAGGAAUUUACUUCUACAACUGGAAUGUGCUUCUGGGUGUGUAACAGAUCAUGCGUGUUUUAUGUUGACACAUCACAUCCAUUAGAGUCUGACCUCAGAAGAGCCCCAGGAUCAUGAAAAAAUUUGUCAUGUUAUGUAUUUAUUUUUUAUAAAUCAGGGGACUUCAGCGUGCUUUUAAAUAUAUUAAAACAACUUACACUUGA